GGACAAUUUGAACGCACUGCAAACACAUUGACGUAAUAUUGCGGGACGUCCAUGUUAGUGGAUAAAGAAAGGACCAUAAACAGUCAGUUUUACGAAGGGUUUGUGUUUUAAUAGUGUGAAAACACCCGUGUGGUGAGUCCAAAAUGUCAGGAGCAAACGCCUUGAACGCGAAGCAGCCGCCGAUUCAGUCGACGGCUGGAGCUGUGCCGAUCCGAAAUGAAAAAGGUGAAAUUUCUAUGGAGAAGGUAAAAGUAAAGCGAUAUGUGUCGGGUAAGCGUCCAGACUAUGCCCCUAUGGAGUCCUCAGAUGAGGAAGAAGAGGAUUUCCAGUUUGCUAAGAAAGGUAAAGAGGCUGAACCUGAGAUGGAAAUUGAAGAAGAGGAAAAGUCAGAUCCUCGUCUUCGACGUCUCAUGAAUCGAGUGUCAGAAGAUGUUGAAGAAAGACUUGCGAGACACAGGCAAAUAGCAGAGCCAGAGCUGAUUGCUCAAAGCAGCGAGGACUCAGAUGAAGGAACCUGGCACCCCGAGCGAGAAGAAAGCAGUGAAGAUGAAGAAGAGGAGGAAGUCGAUGAUGAAGAAAUUGAGAGGAGGCGAGCCAUGAUGCGACAGCGUGCGCAAGAGAGGAAAAACGAGGACAUGGAGGUUAUGGAGGUUGAGGAGGAGGGGAAAUCUGGAGAAGAGUCUGAAUCUGAGUCAGAGUAUGAGGAGUACACAGACAGCGAGGAUGAAGCAGAGCCUCGGUUAAAACCUGUGUUCAUCCGCAAGAAGGACAGAGUGACUGUAGCAGAACGAGAAGCUGAGGAGCAGAAACAGAAAGAACUAGAAGUCGAGGCCAAAAAACAAGCUGAAGAGAGGCGACGGUACACACUGAAGAUUGUAGAGGAGGAAGCCAAGAAAGAGUACGAGGAGAACAAACGAACACUGGCUGCUCUUGAUGCUCUAGAUACAGAUGGAGAAAAUGAGGAGGAAGAAUAUGAGGCCUGGAAAGUCAGAGAACUUAAGCGCAUUAAGAGGGACAGAGAAGCCAGAGAACUAAUGGAGAGGGAUAAAGCUGAAAUCGAGAGAUUUCACAAUCUUACAGAGGAGGAACGCAGAGCAGAACUGCGCAACAAUGGUAAAGUCGUCACCAACAAGGCAUCAAAGGGCAAAUAUAAGUUUCUACAGAAGUACUAUCACAGAGGAGCUUUCUUCUUGGAUCAAGAGCAGGAUGUUUUCAAGAGAGAUUUUAGUGCUCCAACCCUUGAGGACCAUUUCAACAAAACAAUUUUACCCAAAGUCAUGCAGGUCAAAAACUUUGGACGUUCUGGACGUACCAAAUACACGCAUCUCGUGGAUCAGGACACAACUUCAUUCGAUUCUGCUUGGGCUCAGGAGAGCGCUCAGAACAGCAAGUUCUUCAAACAGAAGGCAGGGGGCGUGAGAGAUGUGUUUGAACGUCCAACAGUGCAUAAACGGAAGACAUAAACGGGCUGUUUGUAAUCCAAGUGCAAAUACAGCUCAAAUUGGGACAGUUUUAAAAAUCUCUUUUCCUUCUACAUUACCUUUAUUUGACCAGUUGUUUGUGUUAACGUUGGAAAAUCUUUAUUGCAUUUUAAGUGUUUACCUCUUGAUAAGGUUUCAUUUUGUGUACAGAAUCAGUC